CUUUACAGUUUCCGGUUUAGAGAACGCAUGUUGUGAAAAUGGACGGAGACGAUUUUGACGAUGAAGUGGAGGAAAAACAGAUCGAGUUUCACGAAAUGGGUUUAGAUGACCGUAUUCUUAAGUCUAUAUCAGAGCUGGGUUGGUCCAAGCCAACUCCUAUUCAGGAGAAAGCUAUCCCGCUAGCAUUGGAAGGUAAAGAUAUCCUGGCAAGAGCAAGGACAGGCUCAGGAAAAACUGCAGCUUUCUGUAUCCCUGUCAUACAGAAAAUACUGGCUGCAAAAACUACCAGCAAAGAACAGUGUGUGAAAGCUAUUGUACUUACACCAAGCAAAGAGUUAUGUGAUCAGGCUUUCAAAAAUAUAAUGUCUUUAACCUCAAGUUGUUCCAGAGAGGUGAAAUGUCUGGAUAUAUCUCCACAGAUGCCUCUUCCCUCACAGAAGCCCAUGUUAGCUGAGAAGCCAGAUAUUGUAGUUGCCACACCAACACGCAUUCUUGCACAUAUCCGUGCUGGUAAUCUGUGUAUCAAGGAUUCUCUGGAGCUGCUUAUAAUGGACGAGGCUGACCUUCUGUUUUCCUUUGGAUAUGAAAGUGACAUCAAAGGCAUUCUAGGACACCUGCCCAAAAUAUACCAGGCUUUCCUGAUGUCAGCCACUCUCAACGACAGUGUUAAGGCCCUCAAAAAGAUGGUACUUCACAAUGCAGUGAUAUUAAAAUUGGAAGAAGCCCAGCUACCAGAGGCUGCACAGCUAACACAGUACCACAUCAAAUGUGAAGAGGAGGACAAAUUUGCUCUUGUUUAUGUACUACUCAAGUUGAAGCUUGUUCAAGGAAAAACAAUAAUGUUUGUUAAUUCUGUCAACAAAUGUUACAAUUAUUUCCUAGAGCAAUUUGGUAUUUCUGCCUGUGUGUUAAAUUCAGAGCUUCCAGUAAACUCGAGGUGUCAUGUGGUGAACCAGUUCAAUGACAACCUGUAUGACUAUAUAAUUGCCUCUGAUGAGACGAUGCUUGCAGAACCAGGCUCUGGCAAACUGAAAAAGGAACAUAAGAAGAAGGAUCGUGAGUAUGGUGUGUCAAGAGGAAUUGAUUUCCAAAACGUCUCAAAUGUUGUGAACUUUGACUUUCCGGAAACUGUCACUGCAUACAUCCACCGUGUGGGAAGAACAGCCAGGGGAGACAAUCAGGGCACAGCCUUGUCUUUUGUCAGUGUGAAAGAGAUGCCACUGUUGGAGGCAGUAGAAAGCUCGCUGUCAGAAACUUCAGCAAAUGGAGAAUCAGUAUUCAAACCUUAUAACUUCAAGAUGGAGGAGGUAGAAGGCUUCAGAUAUCGAGCCAAGGAUGCCAUGAGAGCAGUGACAAAAACGGCCAUCAAAGAAGCAAGACUCAAGGAGAUAAAACAAGAAAUAUUGACCUCUCAAAAACUCAAGUGUCAUUUUCAGGAUAAUCCAAGAGAUCUCCAGAUCCUUCGACAUGAUAAAUUCUUACACACUGUCAAAAGUCAGACACACAUGAAGAAUGUUCCAGAAUAUCUGGUUCCCCCAACGCUGAAAAAAUUAGGACACCGUGGUGGCCAAGAGUCAAGGAAACGGUCAAGGGCUUCAGAUUAUACUGGACCGUCGCGUGGACAAAUAAAGUACAGGAAAAAACAGGACGAUCCACUAAAGAGUUUUGCCUUUGCAGGAUUAAGUGGGAAAAAGAAAAAAAAGAAGUGACUUUUUGUAUCCACAAUGUUAAUUUUUUUAUGAAUAAAUUUGUUUUCAAAAAAUGCCA